GCCGCGGCCCAUCACUAGUUUGCAUCGUUCGCUCACGGGAGUUGGGUGCGUCGUCUUCACGUUCCGCCAUUUUUUCGCGAAAAAUACGUGUUUUCCGGCAUUUUCCCCAUCGAAGCGGGUGCGUGACCAGGCCCGGCACAAAGUGACACAUUUUCCGGCACCUGGCAGGUGGAUUUGCGUGGUGGAACGAUGUGAAAAGUGGUGUUUCGGGAAAAGUGCGUGCGUCACACCGCAGGCUUUGUUCGAAUGAGCGAGUGUGCGUGUAUCUGUGUGUGCGUGAUGCGAUUUAAAGAUGGCGGCAUCGAAUAACAGGCGGAGAGAAAGCACUUUAUCAAAAUUAUCAUGCACGCGGUGUUGCGGCGAUCUGUUCGGGUAUUUGCUAAGGCUCCGUGUCAGCCCGGAAGAGCUGGAGCAGCGCUAUAAAUCGCGCGAAAUCGACAAAUUUCUCGAGAAAGAUAAACAUGCGUUCCGGCGACAGGUCAAGUUACUGUUGUUGGGCGCAGGCGAAUCUGGUAAAUCGACGUUUCUCAAGCAGAUGCGAAUCAUCCACGGGAUCAACUUUGAACCCGAACUAAUUAGAGAAUACCAACAUGUGAUCUACCAAAACAUAGUCAAAGGCAUGCAAGUGUUGUGUGACGCUAGAGAUAAGCUAGAUAUACCCUGGGAGCACCCGACAUCGCAGCUGGCCGCGAAUGAAGCGAUCAUGUUUCACAGCGGCUGCCUGCUGGACGCAGAACAGUUCCACCAGUACGUUCCGAUCAUUAACAUCCUGUGGACGGAUGGCGCCAUCCGGAAGGCGUACGAUCGGCGAAGGGAGUUCCAAAUUAGUGAUUCUGUUAGUUAUUUCCUAGAUGAAUUAGACCGAAUAUCGAGGUUAGAUUACAAACCCACCCAUCGUGAUAUUUUGCACUGUCGCAAAGCAACUAAAGGUGUAUUUGAGUUUACGAUAAGGAUACAGAACAUUCCAUUUGUGUUCGUUGACGUCGGAGGACAAAGGACACAGCGCCAAAAAUGGACCAAAUGUUUCGACUGCUCCGUCACGUCGAUUCUGUUUCUCGUAUCGACCUCCGAGUUCGAUCAGGUGUUAGCAGAGGAUAGGAAAACGAAUCGUUUGGAAGAAUCACGCAACAUAUUCGAUACGAUCGUGAACAAUACCACGUUCCAGGGUAUUUCGAUCAUACUGUUCCUCAACAAGACGGACCUCCUGCAGCAGAAGGUGAAAAACCCGGAGACGGACAUCCGCUGGUACUAUCCGCAGUUCACCGGCAAUCCACACUCGAUCCUGGACGUACAGAACUUCAUCCUGCAGAUGUUUAUGAAUGUGCGGAAAAACACCAAAACGCCCAUCUAUCACCACUUCACUAAUGCGGUAGACACGCAAAACAUUCAGGUCGUGUUUAGCUCCGUGAAGGACACUAUCCUACACCGCAAUCUGUCCGCGCUAAUGCUGCAGUAGUAGUGUAGCGGUUCCCGUACUGUAUGAGGGUUAUUUUUUCUUUUUUCUUUGUUUUACUUCUCUGUUUUUUUUUGUUUUCGUUUCACCACUGUUUGCCAUAAGAACAAAAAAGAAACGUACGUGGUCCUGUCGAUUGGACAGUAGAUGAAGAAGCUCUAUUGUUAAGCGAAAAAGGAAUUGUAAAUAGAUGAUGAUGUGAGCGCGUGCACAUAUGUAUUUGUGUGUGGUGCGCGUUGGGUUUGUUCGUUUAGCUCGUUGUUCUGUUGGGGUGGGUGCCAACUUGGUGCCACCUUGCCCUAUUUCUUUCCGCUCGAUCGUUCCCAACGUAUCUCCUAGCAUCGAGAGAUAUGAUCACACAUAAGCUCUUUUGUUUCGUGUCGGAUCACGUCCCCAAUUGUCUCGACUUUUGAACGGUGAAAACAGGCAAAGGUGAAAGAAUGGUUUGGAAUGUUAUAAUUUAAUUAAAAUGAUGAAUUCAAAUUUCAACUAUCAACGUUACUCAUUUACACGCCAACUAUACUGCCCGCUGAUCCUUUUUGGAAACGUUAUAUGAAGGAACAUUUCGGUAGUAAUAUAAAGGACACAUUGUAAACUUUCUCAAACGUGCGAAUGUUUUUGUUUUCGCGUUAGAAUUGUUCACCAAAAUCAUAAAACUGCUCUCUACAAAACGUCCAAUUGCAUGCCCUACGGAAGUGGGUGCAAUGUGUUGUAUACAUCAAAGAAUCUCUACUUUGCACUGACAACUAUUUUAAUUCUUUCACAACAACCAACACCGAGAGGGAUGGAGGAGAAAAAACUUCUCAUUGAACAACAAAACGUCCGAUCAAUAGGGAUGACAAACAGACAAACCUGCAGAAAACAAAACAAAAAACGGAUGCACAAUUUACACCAAAAACCAAAAACUAAUUUUAAUCUUAAAACCAUGUUCAUAAUACAACACCUAUAUGCGGUUAGGGCAGUUGGUUUAUUUGUGCUGGUAGCACGAUAAGGGAAGGACAAUGAUUAAUCGAACAAAGUUAAUGUGGCAGGUGGAGUAAGAAAAUACAGUACUGCAAAACAAAUCACGGGACGAUGAGCUUUCACUGUGGGUAGACUUGCGUGGGAAAAUCGUACCAUCGGUGUGUGACUGCUUGGCAGUGGAAUGUUGUUUGAAUUCGGGAAACUUAGUGACACAGUACAAUGCACCUAACGAUUGCUGCUUAAUCAACUGAAACCUUUUCCUGUGUACUGCUCGUAUUAGUCAUACAUUAUUGCCAUAUCGCGUCGAGAACUUAGACGAGCGAAUAUUUCGCGUUUUAUAGUGUGUUUAAAACAAUUUGUCGCUAUUUUACUGUUAUUUGGUAUACUUUUGUUUUUCGCCGUAUAGAAAAAAAACUGUCACAUCAAAUGUGCCAUAAGAGCGCGUGUGUUUAUCGGCACGGACAUUGAUUUCUUUAUCCCGAAUUCUGACAAACAGUUUCCAACCGUUGUCUUCUAUUGGGGAAAAAGCUGAAAAGCUCAAUAUAGAGAAGGCAACAGUAAUGGCUAGAUAAUUUCCCCCGAUGCGCGAGUUCUGCUCAAUCUUUUUUCUCUUGCUCACUUCCCGUGUGUGGUACAUUUUGAAGAAAGACAAAUCAUUAGAUUGUAGCUAGAGCGAAUGUAAAAGAUAAUAUAGCGCCUAACGACGAUCGCUCAUGCUAACGCGUUCCGUUGCGUAUGGCGCGAAGGUACCGAUGGAGCGGUUGUUUAUCGUCGGUAUGCCUUUUGUAAAUAGGACAUUUCUCAACACAUUAUGCUGGCUCAUCAUCACAGAUUUUGUAAGACAUAAACGGCGGUGUGCACAUUCUUUCUUAAGCAUUUAAUCACCAAAUCAAUGGAACGGAAUGAAUGUGUGUGCCAUGAAGCAGAGUAGUAAGUGGGGAUAUUAAUCGCAAUACACAAAUGGUCACUCACACGCUGAGGAUUGAUAGUACAGGUUGGAAACACAAAUGAUCUAUAAAAUAUUGAAGUAAGUUACAAUCAGCUAGUUUCUUUGAGGUUUUUUUUUAACAGCCAGCAAUCUCUUACAAUAUUAUAAUCGCAACAGUGAAUACAUACGGAUGCACAAAACUAUCUACCGAGCAGCAUUAAUAAGCAGCAUUCCUUGAUCGUAAGCGUAGGAAAAAAAAGAAAACCAAACGAACCAAUCUGUAAGCGGUAGAUCAACAACGAUUAGAAUAGGAUCAAACACGGCUGACCGAAAGAUAGGACAGCACAUGCACAAUAGGCAGAAAGGGCAAACACAGCAAAAGACUUACGAACGUAUUCUACAAGUGGGAAACGUGUAAUACACCACCUGUUCCUGUUUUUUGCAGGGAGAAGAGUGUGCCCUUUUUGGCAAUUGAAGUUCGGAUCUUUUACACAUGCGAUACACCGUGUAAGGUGCGAAACUUUUAAAUGAAACAUACACUACACGAACAACGGAUUUUGGGAACCGAUUUUUGGGGAGCAAUAGGCUCCGGUCCAUUUUUUUAUGCUGAUAUCAUAGCACAAUGUUUUUGUGCGUGUGUGAGUGUGGGUUCUGCUUCAACGUUGUUUUGAUACAAAUCGCUUUUGCGAACAUUUUGUCGUUGUAGUCGUGGUGGGUACAGACACAAACUCGUGUUCAAUAUUAAAAAGGCAUUUGAUCCUGUUCGAAACCCCACCAACUGAAUAACUCCAAAUGCUUAGACGGCCUUGUGUAGGUAGUAUUUAUGUGGUGUUUUUUUGUUUUUAAUUACGAAUUAUUAUUAUAGUUACUAUGGUUUAUCUUGACCAUUACCCACCCGCAUCCCCUUCGCAUCUUCCUUUCUACCUCUUUGUCUUACUGUCUGCAAUUCUUCUUUUUUUGGCAACAUAUGUAUGAAUAUGUAUGUAUUUGUAUGUAUAAUGUAUAAGCAUAUUGAAACAAAAAAAAUGCAUAUAAGUUGUUGUUCGAUGUUACUUUAUGGAGAUUUUAUUUGUAUAUUGGAAUUGGUAGUCGCUGCCAAUGGAAGGAAGAAUAGAAAGGGAAAAGCCAGAAUAGUGCGCAAUUUUGUAUUAUUUUUCAUUCUGUACACGAACAUUAAGUCCAGCGGCUCUAGUAUAAUAAGUGCGGGAGUAUUAGGAAGGUUUAUAACAUAACCAGCAACAAGAAAAAUAAUGAUGUGAGUGUUUAAAGGUGGGUAAUUAGGCUGGGGAAAUUACGCAUCACAAAACGUACACGCACACAUAAGUUAUACGGUCAUAUAUACAACAUUUGUUCGAUGGCAAAACGAUUGAAUUAAAUAUAAUAAAAGAAAAGCAUCAA